AACGCCUCAAGUGCUACCUGACACGCCCAUGACUCCAUUAUUCACGCUGUUCAAGCCUCCAGAUACAACAGAUACUCUGAAAACAAAAGAAACACAAAGUUCCAAUAUAAACUCAACUGAUAAAUUGAACUCGUUCUUAUCAGCCCGAGACAUUAGCCCCAUAAGAAAAAUGAAGCUAUCAUGGGAGGACGCGUCAGAAAGAACAAAAAGGUUAUAUACUCGUAAAGCGACUCAGGCCGUUCAUGCUGUGCUCACUGAAAUUGCUCCUCAGAACUCAGAGAUAUUACUUCAUACCGUGAAAUCCUCUACAAAAGACACCAAUGUCGAUACUUCAUUAAUGCAAGCACUCGCAGAAUGUUACAYUAACGCAUCACAUUGGAGUAUCCGAAGACAAAUACUGUCAAUUUUUGCAGACAAGGUCAGCUUUAGGGAACUUCAGAACUGGCUGCCACAUAUUACACGCUACAGAUUCAACAUAGCACGUCACCAUGCUUUGCUACAUGGUAGAGGAUCGACUCUCAUACCAAUCAAGAAAACCCGCAUUUCUAUUGAGCGCAGUAAAUUAGAACACUUUCUGACGUUCAUCACAAGCRCAUCAGUAGUUCAAGACAUACCAUACGGCGAAAAAUCGCUUACURUYUCAUCAAACACAAAGAUCACAGUUCCAAACGUGAUAAGGACUCUUAUACCCGAACAAAUAGUCCAGCAAUACAACAGUUACUGUCAUGAAUCUGGUUUUUCARCACUGAGUCGAAGUACAUUAUGCCGAGMUUUYAAAGUUUGCUCCGCAUCAGUUCGAAAGUCAUUACAAGGUUUGGAUUACAUCUCUGCCGAAGGUUCCAAGGCAUUUGAUGACACAGAAGAAAUUUUGGAGAGACUUGGUGACGAAUAUGGGUUUGGCCAUACGUGGGCAAAGGAACAAAUCAACAAGCUUAAGCUAGCUAAACGCUAUCUUAAAGGAGACUAUAAGGUACAUAUUUCACUGAACUCAAGAGUUGCAGAUCACUGUAGAGCUCAUGCUCUUAGUCAAAGAAGAAAUGACGAUGAUGAUUACUAUGCUCCCUGCAACCACGAGCACGACGUGCAGUGCGACAGAUGUAGCAUGAUUCCCGCCAUAUUUGACGAAAUUGAAAAAGCUUUGAAAAACACCAGCAUCCCUAACGAAGAAAGAGAGGAAAUGACCUACUUAGUCAGCAAUGCAAAGAAAUCUAUUGAAGCUUGGAAGGCGCAUUUAUUGCGGUCCAUGAACCAAGACGAAGCUAGACUGGACACUCUUCUGAAACUGGAUUCUAAGUCAGUUCUUAUCGUUUUGGAUUGGGCCAUGAAGUACCUUCCAAGAAAGUAUCGUGAAAGCCAGUCAGAUUGGUUUGGUAAGAGGGGUAUAUCUUGGCAUAUUGCAGUUGUAACGAGAAAGGUAAAUCAGAAUUGAUUGUU